AUGGAUCCACGAAUUGUGGGCGGCCGAGUGGUAGAUAUAACUAGUUACCCACAUCAGAUCAGUUUGCGUGAAAAGGACAUUUUGCAUCCGGAACAAUCCUACGACCAUCUAUGCGGUGGUAGUAUCUAUUCGGAGCGUAUUGUUAUCACGGCAGCACACUGCGUUGAUGGCGAAGUGCCUAGUCAGUUCAAAGUUGUUGCGGGUGCAAACCAACGUAACGGCACUGAAGGCAUAAUUAUUCCCAUACAAGAGAUUAUAAUACACGAACGCUACGAUCCCUACACAGCUGUUAAUGACAUUUCAUUGUUGGUGCUUGCGGCGGCACUACCGUUAAACAAUUACACCAUUAAAGCGAUCGAGUUGACGGAGAAAGAACCGCAGCACGACAACAUUGCCACAAUAACCGGUUGGGGUUUAACAACAGAGAGUGGCGCUGCUUCCGAUUUGUUGCGUGAGACGAAGGUGCCCAUUGUGGGAAAUGAGAUUUGCAAAUUGCGUUACCCUGGCAUGAUUGAUGAGUCCAUGUUGUGUGCUGGUUUAUUGGAUGUAGGUGGUAAGGACUCUUGUCAAAUGGAUUCGGGUGGCCCGCUGUUGGUUCAUGGCAAGUUGGCUGGGGUGGUGUCAUGGGGUUUUGGUUGCGGAGAUCCGCAAUAUCCGGGCGUAUACGCGAAUGUGUGGAGUUUGCGGCAAUGGUUGCACGAGAUGAUUGAAUCGGUGGAAUCGGCAUUAUUGCAGGAAAAUUAA